AUGUCUUUGCCCCUCCCUGGGGAGACAGACUGGUCUGCAUUCACCUUAUUGGAUCACCACAGGAUUUCCCUGCUGCGUUCCAUCAAGGAGGCAGCCAGAGAAGAGACCAGAAUUGUGGAAACUGGCCCCUCCAAUAACAUUUGCCAAAUCACUAGUUCUGAGAUCCUUGGAGCAAUAGAAAAUGUUAUACAAGAUAUAGUUACAAGUCUAGCCAGAAACAAAGCACCUGUUCUCACCUUGGUUAACAGAUCGGAUUGGGGAAAUAUACAGUUUAAAGAUUCUGUAGGUCUACAGAUGAUCUCUCAUUAUAACACAAGACAAAUAAAAAGUGACUGUCCCAAAUCAGCACCAAAAUUUGCUCUAAUUCUUAAAAUAUUAUCUGUGAUCUACAAGAUGGUGCAAAACAAUACGUAUGCAACCAAAAGAGAUAUAUAUUACAGUGAUACAAUACUAUUUGGUAGCCAGAGUGUUGUGGACAAUAUAGUCAAUGACAUUUCCUGCAUGCUUAAGAUACCUAGGAGAAGUCUACAUAUACUGUCUACAACUAAAGGUUGCAUUGCUGGUAACUUAAGUUAUACUGAGGAAGAUGGUACGAAAGUGAAUUGUACAUGCAGUGCAACAGCAGUCGUGCCAUCUAAUGUUCAAGGAAUUAGAAAUGUGAUCACAGAUGCAAAAUUUAUACUAAUUGUAGAAAAAGAUGCAACUUUUCAGAGGCUCCUGGAUGAUGACUUCUGCAAUAAAUUGUCUCCAUGCAUAAUGAUUACGGGAAAAGGAGUACCAGAUCUGAACACAAGACUUCUAGUCAGAAAGUUGUGGGAUACAUGUCAUAUUCCUAUUUUCACCCUCAUGGAUGCAGAUCCACAUGGUAUAGAAAUAAUGUGCAUCUACAAGUAUGGAUCUGUGUCAAUGUCUUUUGAAGCCCAUCAUCUCACAGUUCCAGCUAUAAGAUGGCUUGGUCUCCUUCCAUCUGAUAUUGAAAGAUUAAAUAUACGCAAAGAUGCAUUGAUUCCACUUACUAAACAAGAUCAAAAUAAACUCGCCAGUAUGCAGAAGAGACCUUAUGUGGCUUGCCAACCAAUGUGGAAAAAAGAAAUGGAAAUUAUGGCAGCAUCUAAAAUGAAGGCUGAAAUUCAAGCUUUGACUUCUCUUUCAUCAGAUUACCUUUCCAGGGUGUAUCUACCAAGCAAAUUGCAAUUUGGUGGAUGGAUCUGA